AUGACCCCUGCCCUCUCUGGCCUCUUGUGCCUCAGGCUGUGUCUGUGCAAGGGGACAAGGACCCAGGCAGCAGAUGGACUCCACAAACCCUCCCUCAGGGCAGAGAAUGGCUGUUUGGUGCCUGAAGGGGGAGCUGUGACCCUCAGGUGCAGGGGGUCAUGGGAGGCUGAAGAGUGGCGGCUGGAGAAAAAGCAAGAAUCUGGAUGGUCACAGAUCAAAGCUAUGAGAGGAGCUGGAAAUGAGGGCGAGUUUUCCCUCCCAUCUGUGACAGCAUAUGAUGCAGGGAUCUACCAGUGCCAAUACAGACAUUCAUCCUAUGGGUGGUCAGAGCUCAGUGACCCCCUGGAGCUGGUGGUGACAGGCCUCCAUGACCAGCCCUCCCUGGCAGCCCUGCCCAGCUCUGAGGUGGCCUCAGGACAGGACGUGACCCUGCAGUGUGGGUCAGAGGGAUGGUAUGGCUGGUGGGUCCUGUACAAGGAGGGAGAAGAGAUCAGCCGCAGCUGGACCCGGAGCCAUGAAGGAGGGCGUCAGGCUGACUUCUUCUUCCCUGCUGUGAAUCUGACCCACGAUGGCACUUACGGAUGCUACUACUUUUAUAGUUCUUCCCCCUAUGAGUGGUCCUCCCCCAGCCCCCCCCUGGUGCUCAGGGUCUCAGAUGCUGCUGCCCAGGAUUAUACUGUGGGCAAUCUGGUCCGCCUCAUCUUGGCUGGGCUGGUCCUCAUCCUCCUGGGGGUUCUGCUGAUUGAGCACUGGAAGAGCUCCAGGGGUCAACGGGUCCAGGGAGUCCUUGGCUGA